GCCAGCCCUGCUGGGAUGGCUGCUCCCUGCCCCGGACAGCGCAGGGGCGAUGGGGCACCAGGAGCUGUGACACUGGGCUCUGCCCUGCGUUUGGCGGUGGAUGCGCUUCUGCUCAGCGGCUCCCUCCUGCUGGUGCUGCCGUCUCCUUUGCGGGGAUUCCCCCGCCUCCGGGGCCCUGGCCAGUCUCCGACUGCAGCCGCUCUUCCUUCUCCCGCGGCGCUGCGGGCGGGAGGCGCCGGGUCCCUGCCGCAGGAGCAGCAGCCCGGCGGCGCAGGCGCGUUCCCCGCGGUAGGGGACCCGGCCGCUUCCCCACCGGAGGCUUCUGUUGUUUUUUCCCCAUCCUCCCCCCACCUCUCCCGCGCUGAGGCGUGCAGCCGCGCGGCGCCCGUCGCUGCAACCUCGACAGCCUGGGCGAGCUGUUCGCGCCCGCUGCUGCCCGGGCCAGGCCACGAUGACGAGCGGCCAGGAGUGUCAGGAUGUGCAGGGCAGAAAGUUAUGGCACUAGAGAGGAUGACUCAGCUCAAGAGUGUAAAUCAGGAGAUGACAGUUCUGAAAAUAACUCUGAAAGUAGCUCUGAAAGUGAGUCAGAUACUGAGGAGACAAAUACAAGAAAAACAGAACCAGAAAGAGCAAGUGACCCCCAGAAGACUUCCCAGAGGAAUAUUUUGGUUGAAGCUGGAGGCAGAGGGAACUUACCAAUGUACUGUUACAGGCUUGAUUUUCGAUGUAACCAAGGCUGCUGUAAUCAAAUAUUCUGUGUUGUCUUGGAGCAAAUAUGCUGAUUAUGUUAAAAAACCAUGGAUAGUCGGUGGCCCUAUAUUUGAUGUCAGUUGUGACUCAACCUCUGUUCUUACUUCCAUUCAAUUCCCACAUUCCCUCAGCCUAAAUGAUCAUGAAUCUGACAUGACAUUCAAAGUUUUACAUAUCAAAAGUACUGGUCCAGCAUUUGAGCCUUCUGUUGAUCAUUCAAUGACGCAUGUCAAAUGGCAUGUGAGUUCUCUCUCUCCAGUAGGACCGGUUAUUCAAACACAAGAGCCAGUACAGUACGAUGGGGCUGUAAUUUUAUACAAAGUUGUCAAUAAUCACCCUUCCUUAUCAUUUCGUGUGUAUGUAGCAACAAAUAACGAUUCAUUUAUAAAGGAUAUCUCGAAAGCCGUAAAACAUUCUGAUAAGAAAUUCAUCAAAAUUGACAAGCCCCCGGUUUGUCAAAAACGACUACAAAAUGGAAAGAGAUACAGAUUAAUUAGUGAGUCAGAAGCUGAAAUAACUCCUGAGGAAAUUGAAUUUGUUGAUGGCUCUCUCUUAAAAUUAAAAAGUUAUAUUGAAGUCUACUUGGAGCAACCUAUGGAGUUUACAUUAUCUUUGAUUGAACUCGAGUCUGAAGAAAUUGUCUGGAAAGCAAAACUAAGAGAAUGUGACUGGAUACUACAUGACCAGAACAAGAAUGAGCAGAAAAGAAACACAGUCAGAAACAGAAGACGGAAAUCAAGCAACAGCCUCUCUGACGAAGAAUUUUAUAAUAAAAGGCUAAAGGGUAGAGAUAUUUCAGAUGGAACUAAAGCUAAAACUACGUUAACUGAUCAGCAACUGAUGACUCUUGCAAAGAAGAUGGGUAAAGACUGGAAAGAAAUAGCCAUUGAAUGUCUUAAGUUAGAAAUGAAAGAUAUUCAGCAGAUUCAGGCAAAAGAAGAAGAGGUUAAUGUUCAUAAAUUCCUGAUGUUGGAGAAGUGGAGGAAAGGUGAAAAGAGUAAUGGAACUGCGCAAAAUUUGUAUGACAGUCUCAAGGAUCAUGUGUCAUAUGAAAUAAUACAGAUACUGGAAGGUUUUUUGGAGCAGACAUGAGUUCAUGGAGAAACAGCUAAAAGGAGAACUCUCAGGGACAUUCAGCUGCAUAAUGGUUUAAACUUUUCAUACUGUUUAAAUGUGAUUUAAUUGUGGACUCUCUCUACAGUUUGGUACUCAGGAGACCAGUUAUGAAGAUACAAGCCAUAAACAAUCUUUGGAAAAGUUUAGACAAAACAUUAUUUAGGGAAAGAGUGUAAAUUGAAUUUUGCACCAAUGUAAAUGAAUUUAACAUUUUCAGGAGUAAUUAUUCAAAUGUUUGGAUACCAGUCAAUUAACAAUAUAGUUGACACUGAAGCAGCAAUCCUACUGCAAUUUGAAUCUCCCACUGACUUCAUGUCUCCUUUGAACCAUUCCUGCUAGGUGCUGAGCAACUCAUGUGAAUUGCAGAGCUAUCUUAACCCACCCUUGAAAACAGCUCACCCUUUCCAACUAUUUGACAAUAUUAAGCAUUUUUAUCCAGUUCCAUGGGUCAUUUCCACAGAGAUUAGAAAUGGCUUGGGGGGCUCAUUAAUAUACCUCUCAUCAUCAUCUAUAAAACAAUAGUGCCAAUUUCACUGGGUACAAAACGUUUCUCUAUACAUACAUUCAGAGGCUCAGGAUGGGUUGCCAUGUACAUGGUGCAUAAACCCUUCAUGGUAAUGCAAUUACAUGAUCAUUUUGUGUGUUUCUGUAUACCGCCUCUUUGCUAGGCUGGUCUUAUGUUUAUUCAAAGGUGAAACAUUAGUUUCAGUGUAGCACCAAUAUGUACUAAAGGCAGCUUUAACUUUUCUCUGUCAGGGCCGUGUUGGCUCCAUGUGUCUAGUUGUUCACACAUUUCUUAUAAGCUGAGUUUGUCUGUUGUAUAGAUUUUUGUUGUAUUAUAAUCAGUGUAAAAUUAAAUGUAUUUUUUUUUUACUGUUUUUAACUUAAAAUGAACAUUAAAAUGACAGGUGUGUAGGCUAGAUAUAGAAAAUUUACUAAAGGAUGCAGAAAAGCAAAAGGCCAAUAGAUAACUCAGCAAACAGGAAACACAUUUAUAGGUUCUUAAGUUUUUAAAAUACUGUUAUCUAUAAUACAGAAAUGCUUCCUUGCAGGCAAGAUUGUGGUCUAGUUUUAAGGGCUCCUGUGGAUGUCUCUGUAUUGUCUGCCUUUGAAUGUGUACUGGUUAUGUGUGCUUUUUAAAAUAGGAAUAAAAACUGAGAAAUACCUAUA